AUGAGUUUUGAGGCCAAGUUCGAGGAUGAGUUUGAGGCCGAGCCCGAGUCUGAAGCCGAGGCCGAGCCUGAGGCCGAGCCCGAGCUCGAGCUGGAGUUUGAAUCCGAGCCCGAGGUCGAGGCCCAGCCUGAGCUCGAGCCCGAGUUUGAGGCCGAGCCCGAGCCCGAGUUUGAGGCCAAGCUCGAGUUUGAAGCCGAGGCUGAGCCUAAGGCUGAGCUCGAGCUUGAGCUGGAGUUUGAAGCCGAGGCCAAGUUCGAGAAUGAGUUUGAGGCCGAGCCCGAGCUCGAGCUUGAGUUCGAGGCCGAGCCUGAGGCCGAGCCCGACCUCGAUCCUGAGUUUGAGGCCGAGCCCGAGCUCGAGCCCGAGUUUGAGACCGAACCCGAGUUUGAGGCCGAGCCCGAGUUUGAAGCCGAGCCCGAGUUUGAGGCCAAGCCCGAGUUUGAGGCCGAGCCUGAGUUUGAGGCCGAGCCCGGCUGA